AUUUUUUGUGACGUUUUCCUAUGGUGGCACUGUCCGCCCAUUAAGUAGAACCGACAGUAGCCUACACGAUAACUGAUAAGCAUCUCUGUGCUGCGUUUAUAAACGUGAACAUCUCGCACAGUUUCUGAUAUAUUUUCUCUUGAAUUAGGCUACUCUUGAAAGCUUCAAGGCCUCUACAGUGUGGAUUGUGUACCUGACCGUUCUAUUGUAAGCAUCUGCAGAAUAACGUCUGAUAUUUCGCUCGUCUAAACCAGGAAAAAUAGUCACAAAAUGCAGAAAAGAAGGAAGCCUGAGCCUAUUCAGCUCAACCCGAUUCCUGAUGGAAACACUAUUAAUGGAACCGGUGCCACAGAGACAAAUUUAGAGGCCCUGCAGAAAAAGCUAGAGGAAUUAGAGUUGGACGAACAGCAGCGCAAACGCCUGGAGGCCUUCCUCACACAGAAACAGAAAGUUGGGGAGCUGAAAGAUGACGACUUUGAGAAGAUCUGUGAGCUGGGCGCUGGCAAUGGAGGGGUGGUCUUCAAAGUCUCCCAUAGACCGUCAGGACUCAUCAUGGCCAGGAAGCUGAUCCACCUGGAGAUCAAGCCAGCCAUCAGGAACCAGAUCAUUAGAGAGCUGCAGGUGCUUCAUGAGUGUAACUCCCCCUACAUUGUGGGUUUCUAUGGGGCCUUCUACAGCGACGGAGAGAUCAGCAUCUGCAUGGAACACAUGGAUGGGGGCUCCCUGGAUCAGUCUCUGAAGAAAGCAGGCAAUAUUCCAGAACAGAUCCUUGGCAAAGUCAGCAUAGCUGUCAUUAAAGGCCUCGCUUAUCUAAGAGAGAAACACAAGAUAAUGCACAGAGAUGUCAAACCCUCGAACAUCCUAGUGAACUCCCGCGGAGAGAUCAAGCUGUGUGACUUUGGUGUGAGCGGCCAGCUCAUAGACUCCAUGGCCAACUCCUUUGUGGGCACUCGCUCCUAUAUGUCUCCAGAGCGUUUGCAGGGCACCCACUAUUCGGUUCAGUCAGAUAUCUGGAGCAUGGGCCUGUCCCUGGUGGAGAUGGCCAUUGGCCGCUUCCCCAUCCCUCCCCCUGAUGCCAGGGAGCUCCAGCUGAUCUUCGGCUUCCCCAUCGAGGGGGACACGUCCUCAGCAGAGGCCUCCCCACAGCCCCGACCCCCAGGAAGACCAGGCAGCUCAUACGGACCCGACAGCAGACCUCCCAUGGCUAUUUUUGAGCUGCUGGAUUACAUCGUCAAUGAGCCUCCCCCUAAACUGCCUGGCUUUUUUGGGUCAGAAUUUCAAGACUUUGUGAAUAAAUGUUUGAUCAAGAACCCAGCUGAACGGGCUGACCUGAAACAGUUAACGGUCCAUCCUUUCAUAAAGCAAUCUGAGGCCGAGGAGGUGGACUUCGCAGGCUGGCUGUGUAGCACCAUUGGUCUUAAUCAGCCAGUAACCCCCACACACAGUAUAGGACUGUGAGGAUGCAGCAGUACCUGCUCUAAUGUUCUCUGCCAGCACAUGCUUCACUGCCUCAUCAACCCCCAAGUACUAAACCAAUACUGGUUAAACAUGGGAGCCAACUCAUGUAUUUUGUUUUGUGACAGCAGUGGUUCUCAAACCAUUAGUCCCCAGUCUGAAAACAGGCAACUUCAACAGCAAUAUUGUUUUUGGCCUUUAUCCCCUUCUGGGGGAGGGUACCCCCCCAGCUUGAGAACCACUGACAGAAUGUGAAAUCUUUGCUCAGUAAGAGCAGCAUCUACAGUAUCAGAACCUACCUGCCAUUCUCAUUUCCCUCCUCACAGGGCUGUUAAUUGUUAUAAUACCUGUAAUAUUUAAAUUAUUUCGUAAGUUAAUGCUAACAGAUUCUUCUUGCCUUCCAUUGCUAGUUAGCUUCACACCAUUCUCGAUAAAAUAAAUGUUUGUGAUAUUAAGUGACUGAACGUAAUCUUAGUUGAGUGACACCAUGGAAUUCCUUUUAGAUCUGAUUUUAUUGGAAACCAUUUCUGAAUCAAUCACUUUCAGAGCUUUAUGCUGUAGCAGGUGCUGCGGGGGCAGGGGCAGCUUUCUUUGCAGAUUUCUUUGCAGGCUUCUUCUUGGGUUUCAACAUCUUGGCCUUGGUCUGUUGGGAGACAUGGGGGAGGUUGAGACUCAGAAGUUCAAGUCUUAUUGUCAGAUGCACAGAACACCACAGGUCAGACUGGGCACUGAAAUUCUUAGGACAAGACUACGCAACCUGGCAUAACAUGACAUACGAGUACUCAGAACAUAGAUUACACCUAUCAUAAGCUAAAAUAUAAUAUAAACCUAAUAUAUAAACUAAUGCACCAAUAUACAAAUGUGCGUUGCAGUUUGACUGUUUGGAGAGCUACUCACAGCAGGGUCGUGCAGCAGGAUGGCAUUACGUCUGGCUGUCUUGGCAUAAGGGUUCAGUU